AUGUGGAAUGGGGUUAGGAUGGAAAUGUUUUUCGGCAGCUUUCUCAGUGAAUCAGCAUCAUCGCAGAGCCUUUUCAGCCACCCGGAUGUUGAGAGAUGCCCAUUCCUGAGGAACAUCAAUGGAGCUACAACCUUUUCCUUCACUUCUGCUUUGCCAGUAGCUGCCCAAGGAGGCAAGGGUCCAAUUUUUGAGGAUGGACCAGGUUUUGAGUCAGCAUUCAAGCUUUUCCAUGGCCGAGACGGAAUAAUUCCCCUUUCAGAAAGAUCAUAUGUAUCUGAUGAAAAUCACAAUGAGAGCAUUGAUGUCAAGACUGAACCUGCUCUGCCAUUUAAUCCAUUGGCUGCUAGAGCAGCCUCAAUAAGUCUAUCAGCAUUUGGACCAUUUGGUUUUGGCUUCUUCAACGGUAAGGGCAAAAGGCAGAACAAGAAGCCCAACAAUCUAGAUCAGUCCCACCAGAAGCCCAAGACACCAGAUCAGUCUUCGAUGAAACAAAAAGGAGUCAACCCACCAUCACAUGAGGCAUUCAGCGAUGAGUGGUUGGAAAAUGGCCAGUGCCCACUUGCGCGGUCUUACCGGGCAAUGAGUGGUGUUUUGCCCCUUGUCGCCAAGGCUUUACAGCCACCAGCUGGUAUGAAGCUGAAGUGCCCACCUGCUGUGAUUGCUGUCCGAGCUGCCCUUGCACGAACGGCACUUGUGAAAUCCCUGCGACCACAGCCUCUGCCCUCGAAGAUGGUAGCCAUUGCACUACUGGGGAUGGCGGCAAACAUCCCUCUUGGGGUGUGGCGGGAGCACACCAAGAAGUUCUCUCCUCAGUGGUUUGCAGCUGUCCAUGCCGCUGUUCCGUUCAUUGCAAUGCUGAGGAAGUCUGUUGUGAUGCCCAGGACUGCGAUGGCAUUCACCAUAGCAGCCUCCAUUGUUGGCCAGACUAUUGGGUCAAGGGCCGAGCGCAUCCGUCUAAGGAAUCAGGUGGCAAAGGGUACUGGUGAUUCUGCAACAAAUACUGCUAUGUAUCCAAACAAGAAUGGGCAUUGCAGCGACACUGAAGGCAAGGCUUGGGAUCCUCUUGCGACGAAGAUAACGGGCUCAGCUGCUAGGGGUUCUCCUGCACCAACCCCAAGUAUGUGCUUCUGA